AUGCUGUGUUGGCCGUGGAGGAGGAAGGAGCUCAUGUGGCUAGGGUUUGGCUACCCUCGUCAUCCAUCUCCUCGAUCUCUCUCUGCCUGGCCGUGGUCUGAAGGAGGAAGAAGGGACGCAGCGAAAUCGAGCGAUGCGGGCUGCAAUAGCCUAAAUAGGUGGCGGUCGAGACCACGGGAGCGGGAGCGACGGCCAUCUGCCCCCGCCCCACUCUCUUUACCUCUUCUAUGGAGAUGCUUUGCUGGGGACAUAUGA